GUCAACUAUGAUGUGGUUAUGUGUACUGCUGUCUAGUGAUGACAGUUCUGUGACAUCUAUUAAACUGAUAUAUUGAUAAACAAAACCAUGAGUGACACAACAAAAAUUGAAUGUAAUUCUUAUAUAAGUAUUGAAUAAAGUGAUUAAUUACAAAAUGUUAUAUAUUUCUUGAUUAUACAAUAAAAAACAAUAUCAUCAUGGAAGAGAACGAACUGUAUAAUGUUACAGUUCCAUCGUUCUCUGGAAUUGAACCAGCUUUUUGGAAUUAUUCCGAUCAUGUCAUCCUUGAUGAUCUUAAAAUGGAUAGUAGUUUUAUAUAUUUACUUUGCUCAUUAGUGUCUGCUAUUUCAUGGAUUAUUUAUAUAGCUUAUUAUAAUAGCAGAGUUAUUGGUUAUAUAUUAACAAAAUUAUUAAAUCGGUUUGUUAUUAGAGAUGGAUAUGUUAAAGUUGGAUCUUUUACUUUAAGUGCACUAAGUGGAAAAAUAAUGUUUCGAGAUAUAGUUUAUAUCACAACAGAUUAUAGUAUCAGAGUUCAGGAUGGAUGGCUUAUAUUUAGAUGGUGGAGAAGUUAUGUUCCCAAAGAUGUAUCUGAAGAUCUUUCACAUUCAGAUACGAGGCUUUCAGUUAUGUUAAAUGGUUUUGAAUUACAUGUUUAUAAUCGCUGUCAGUUAUAUGCACAAUUAGAAAAAACAUUUGGUCUUACAUCACAAAUGUUUGUAGAUGAAGAAAAUCAUAAUAUUAAUAGUGAUGAUCGUGAUAUAGAAUCAUUUAGUAAUACUACUCAUGAAACACGUCAACAAAUAAAUGCAAUGGAUGUUUCACGUCAUGUUGAUAAUAUUAGAAAAAAAGAAGCUCAUGUUAUUGCUCGAACAUGGAGAGAUUUAAUACCUGUUAUUAAAUUGGAUGUUUGCACAGGAAGAUUGGUAUUUGGUAAUCGGUUAAUACCAACAACUUUAUCAAUAACUGUAGAAGAAGCACAUUUUGUAUAUUCUACAAAACCAGCAGCAUCUCGAUAUGAUCAUUUCAUGCAUUUUACAAAAUGUAAAGCAGAAAAUUUCAAAGUUAUUUUAGCACCCAGUCCAAAGUAUACUGGAAUGUCAGAUGAUCCACCUAGAUAUAUGGGAGAAGGAUUUGUUGUAUUAAGUUCAAACAACAUAGAAGUAUAUUACUAUAUGGAUGAACCUGGAUUUGUUCCUGAACAUCCACAAAUGAUUCAAUUAGUAAAUGGAGACAUGGUUGAAGCUAUGCCGCCAAUUUGGGGUAUUGAUAUUAAAUGUGGAAAAGGAACUGAUUUUAGUUAUGGUCCUUGGGCUGAUAGACAAAGAGAACAUUUUAAAUUUUUUUUCCCUAAUGAUUAUCAGCCAUUAAAAGUUACAAAAACUCCUGUUACAGGAGAAAAAAGACAAGUUCAAUCAUUUGACAUUAGAUUAUCAACAUUGAAUGAAGCUACUAUUGAUAUACUUUUUAGCAAAAACAGAGAAACAAAUGCAGUUCAUAUUAAUGUAGGUCCUGGAUCAUAUCUGGAAAUUACUAUGCCCUGGAUAGUUUUACAAGAUGGAUAUACAACAAAAAUAACAGGACAAUUGUUACAUUUAGAAGCAACUACAAGUUUACAAUAUCGAAGUUUAGUUGAAAGUGAAACAUUAGAAUUUGGUGUUAAAUGUCAUUAUCCAAUAAAGUGGAAUGAUCAUCAAGAAUGGAUGUUAAAUUUAACUGGAUGUAAAGCUACAGCUAAUUUAGUUUAUUCGCACAAAGAGUUUUUUCAAGAUAUGAUUAAUGAUUGGACGAGUAAAGCCAGACCUGAUAUUUUACAUUUUGUACCUUAUACCUGGAAGUUUAAUUUAUUGUUAAAAGAAUUUGAAUUAAUUACAUUAUGUAAUGAAUAUAAUUGGAUUGACUGUUCAUCACAGAAUCAAGAAAAUGCGCACAUUGCUUUUUGUGGAGAAUUUUUCGAGCUAUCAUUUGAUCUUCCAUUUGUGGAUUAUUUGCCUAUUACAAUCCCUUUGCGUUUUUGGAUUCAAGGUGAAAGUGUUGAUCUUUCAUUUUAUCUACCUGAAGUCAAUACAAGUCGUACAAUUUUGUUAGCUUUGAAUAAAAAUGCAAAGAUUAUGACACGUGAUGGAUCACAUAUAUAUUUAUCAGAGUUAAAUAAAAAUAAAAAAUGGAGAAAUGUUUGUCAGAAAGGAGCAGGCUGGGUUGAUUGUUGGUCUGUACCAAUUGUGGCAUUAAGUAUUAAUUAUACAUAUCAUCCAUGUCCACCUUUAGGACCUACACCACAAGCAAAUAUAACAACUCCAGAAAAAGAAGAAAUUCUUUUAUCUCCAAUGAGAAUUCCUCGAUGCGGGAAAUCGCCAGGUCUUCAAUGGACCAGAAAUGGUAGUCAGAAAUUUGAUCCACAAUCUAUAGCUCCUGAUAAAGUUAGUUUAGAUCUCGAAAUAGGUCCAUCUAUAUUAAUUUUAUAUGGAUCACUUUUAAAAAAUUUUAUACAUUUAAAAGAAAAUCUAUUUGGUGAUUAUCAAACAUUUACUGAUAUGCAACAAAGUCGAACAAAUCCUACAUCUAUAAAUACUGAAAAAAGUAAAGAUAGGGAUGUGCAAAAUAGUAGUGUUGAAUCUGUAGAAGAUGAGGAUGCCAAAUCAAAACCAUUUGAUCCAAGAGAUUAUCGACCAUUAGAAGUAACAGUUGGCAUUACAAUGCAUGAUAUUCAAGCUCAUUUAGUAAAAAAUUGUGGAGAGAAUGAUCCUCCUUGUCCUGUUAUACUUUUAGAACGAUUUGGAUUUGAAAUGAAAAAGAAAUAUAAAGAAACAGAACUUCAACUUCUCUUAUCGCCCGCAAUUGCAUUAAUUACUGAUAAUUUUAUCCGUUCAACUAAAGAACGUCACUUAAAUCAAGGACAUUUAAUGUUGAGUGCAUUACAAGUCAGAGGACAUGCAAUGUUUAGUAAUGAAGGAAGAAGUUUAGAUCAAGAAACUUUGGAAUAUGCAUGGUUAAUUGAAGUACAAUUAGGAAAAUUAAUUGGAAAAUUAAGUUCUCCACAAUUAUAUCAUCUUAUUAUAUCUUUGGAAACAUUUUUAUUGAUGGUAAAAAAUAAUGAAAAUAGCUUACGUCCUCCAGACUUACCACAUCAUUGUCAUCAUGGUAUUCCACCUUUACAAUGUCCUGAUAGUGAUAUUGAUAAACAUUAUAGAUGUCCUAGUUCUGAAGAUAUAAAAUAUAGAAUGACUAGAAUAGCAAUAGAUGCAAUUGAUUUAUAUUUUCAAGAAAUAGGAACUAGUAUUCAUACUUGGAUAUCUCCAAUUCGUGUAUCAACUUGUAAUCUUCAUGGUCAACAUGUUAAGUCUGGAGUAACUGGUGUAUUACCAAGAAUAUUAAUAAGACAAUUUGUAUCAGCAGCUGAUCACUUUGCAAAUACAAGUAAUACUAAUACAGCUGGUAGUGGAAGAUCACAUAAUAAUGCAAGCAGUCGUAUGUCAGGUGAUGGAUCUGAUAUCUGGUUAGAAGUGGGAUCUAUAACUUUAGGACCAGUAAUUUUAGAGGCUGCAAUUUCACUUCCAACUCCUGAACAUAAUUUGCAUUUAGUACAAAAUAAAUAUCUAAAAUUACACGACGAAACUACAAAACGUUUAUGGUUUUUAUGGCCUCGAGAAAGUGGUGUGAAAGCAACAAAAUGUGGUUGUAUAGGUGGUUGUGCAUUUUUCGGAAAUAAUCGAAAUGGGCCAAGAUUUUUCAAACCAAGUUAUUAUGAUUUUCAAGAUGGCAUAAAUAUUGCUGCAUAUAGAAUUAAUGAAUCUGGUAAAGAAAAAGGAUUUGGUCAAUCUAUAUUGCAUAAUGGUCAAUUGGUAUUUCAUACAUCACCUUAUAAUUUACAAGAUGUAUCUUUACAAGACUAUCCUGUUACUGGAGUAAAAAUAACUGCCACUCAGGAUGGAUCACAAACUUCAAAAAAAGGUGUUGAACGACCAAGGUCUGUGACAGAUCAUAAUAAAGAUUCCUGUAUUGAAGAAACUAGUAGUACAAAAUUAAUUGCUGCAUCAGCAAGUCCAUUCGCAUGCAGUGGGGAACGGAAACUACUAGACAGAAGAUUUUCUUAUACAUCGAUGCGCGGAAACAGUAUAAAAGAUGUUCCAUAUUCUCGAUUAGUUGAUGCAAGUCCUGUUGUACAGUUACCACAAAAAUUAGAUUCAGAUUCAAAAUUACAUACAGAACGCAGUAAAUCAAUCUUAAGUGUUCCUGAAAUAGAAACUGCUCCAAAGAGUAGUGUAUCUGAUUCUAAAUUAGCAGUUGAUUAUUUCAAUGCAUCAGAUGUAGAACCAUUUGAAUCAAAUAGUCCACAAUCAUUACCGGUAGUAUCUACAGAAAUAAACUUUUCUGAGACAAUGCAAACAAAUAUAAAAAAUGUUGAUGGUAUCAAUAUUUCUGACUCUCAUCACUCAUUAUAUGUUAAGUCAGAAUCUGAAGAAAAAUUAAAACAAGAAGUUCAACGAACAAUAUCUAUGUCUUCAGAAAAUCAUUCAGAAGCUUUUUAUUCUGCUGAUGAAGAUACAAGUCAUGGAUUAAGUGGAAGUCGUACAUCUAGUUUACGUCAGUCUAUUGUUGGAUCUGGCUCAGUAUUAAAUCGUAAUGAUAGCAUAAAAAAGAAGUUUUCGUCAGAUUUAUCUAUUGUAGAAAGUUCAACAAAUGUAAAUAUUUCGAUAUUUGAGAAAGCACAUACUUUAGAGAGAGCAAAACCACAGACAAUGAGUACGAAACGAAGUCCUAGAGUAAAUCGAAAUACAAGUUUUCAAAAUGAUACUGAUUCAAAUGGUGGAAAUGGUGGAUUACGUGAUUCAUCCGAUAGUCAUUCUGUUUCUUCUACCAGUUUCAUAUCUGCUGUAUCUUCACAAGAAGAUGUUACACUUGUAAAUUUGCAUAUGCAAGUAAAUAAGCCAAUUGUUGAUUCUCCACUUCUAAUGUCAAGCUAUGUUAGCCAUUUAUCUCAGAUACGUUGUUCAAAUUGGAGUCAAUCAUCAAUACCAGCAGGAAGUGCUGCAUUUACUACAUCACUUUUUCAGCGUACUGAAGAUAAUAGAUUAGUUUAUGUUGGUGGAAGAUAUGUACCGAAAUUUGAAACUGUUACUGAAGGAUUUACUUCAUUAAAAAUGAUUACAAGAUCAGAUGGUUCACCUGUAGCUAAUUCAUCUAAUAAAACUCCUACACAUCCAUAUCUUUGGGAUAGUACAACUAUUAAUCACAUGGAAGGAGAAGAAGAUCAUACAGCUCAUAAUAAGGAAGAGCUAUUAACUGCGCAACAUGAAAAUGGAUCGCGUACAACAGUUAUCGUAAAGUUUAAGGGGGAUGUAGAUAUCAUGUUAAGUCCUAUGGUAUUAGAAUCUUUGCAACGUUUCAUUGAUGCUAUCAUACCAACAUUAUCUAUUUUGCAUCCAUUAACAAUUUUAAAUCAUCUUCAUCAUGAAUGCAUUGGAAAAGUUGAAGAUGCUAAUAUUUUGAAACAAGACCAAAGUUUAUCUUAUUGGAGUCAAGUACAAACAAAUUCAAAACGAUCCACUGCUGAAAGAAAUAUUAAGAAUGGGCAAGGUGACGAUAAACGUAAAAUUGCAUUACAAACAAACAUGUAUGAAGAAAGCAUUAUGACGCAAAUACAGGGUAGUAUUAUUUUACCAAAGAUGAAUAUAACUUUGCUACAAGCUUCGGUAGUUGAAGAAAUUAUAUCCUUUUCUGCUCUUGAGAAUAUUCGCGAUUUAACAUGUGUAUCACUAUUUGCUAUCUGUUUUGAUGAUGUAACAGGAAGAUUUUAUGUUGGAAAACAAGCUCGAGAAGUAGUUCAAACAUUUCACAAGCCAGCUGUAUUACCAAAUCAAAAAAAAGUUAAUAAAAUUAGUAAGGCAUUUUUACCUGGGCAUCAAACUGCUGCUGUGGUUGCAGAUAUAGGAAGUGGAGAAACAGUAUAUAUAGAAACAUCUGAAAAACAGCAAGAAGAAAUUGUAGUUACAUUAAAUAUAGGCAAGGCUCAUUCACAAUUACGUAGACUUAGGAAUGAAUCUUCAAUAUUAAAAGAUGCUGUUAUAACAGCAAUUCCUGCUCACUAUUCAAGAGUGUUAUUUACAUGUACUAGAAUAACUUCUCCACUAAAAUGUGUUGAUUAUUAUUUACAUCAAUUUACGGAUGAUAAGAAAAAAAUGUAUAAACAAUCUGGGUCGCCACAAGCGACAGAAGAAUUUACUCUUGGUAGUGGAGAAGACAGAUUGGGCUUUAUAAUGUUUGAAUGUGGUUUAGAAGGUAUCAAAUUGAAAAUAGUAAAAAGAUCUCAAUUCGAGAAAGGAGAAAACGGAAAUGAUAGUAAAAAAGUUGAUGCCGAAAUAUUUUAUACUGAUAGUGUAAAGAGUCAAGAGGAACUAGAUACUGCAGCUGCAUCUACUACGGCUACAGCUGAACCAGAAACAAUUUCAACGAAUUUACAUAAUGGAGCGCAAAUAAACACUAGUGCGACAUGUGCUAGUCUUGUCUCAAAAGCAGGAAAUGGAAAUACAGUUUCUUGUAUCAUAGAAUUAAAAACAGUAUGGUUUAAUUUUGCAGCACCACCUCGUACUCCAAUAACAAGAAAAAUUGAUUAUACUCGAUUAGAUUGGAAUUUAUUAAGUACAGCAUCACCUGCUAUAAAUGCUUGGAUGAAUCCUAGCAAUAAAUUUGCAAUUCGUAUUGUACAUAUGUUUAGAACUAUGUAUCGAAGAUCAACUGCUAUUGUUGCUUGUCUCAUGGCAGAAGCCUUAGAUGUUCAAGCGACGCACAUGCCUACUAAGAGUCGUUAUGGAAGAUUAACACCAUUAGCAAAAACAUUACAAGAAGAUCCAUCUUGUCAAUUAUGUACAAUUUUACAAAAUUAUGUUUUACUAAACGAAUUGAAAAGCAUUGAAGCUAAUUUAAAAGAAUCAGAUUUACCUUUAUUAUCAACACUUCGACAAGGAGUAAUUGUAUUGAGCAGACAAUGGAAGAAUGUUCUGUAUACCCCACUAUUAUUAGAACAUAAUUAUAAGACCAAACAUGUCAAACCAUUAAAUGUUACAUUUGCAGUUUCAGAUCCAGAUGAGCAAAUAAGCAACGAUGUACAGGAGGAUGGUUACAAUGUAAAAUUCAGUAAGAAUUUAAAAAAUAUAUUCACAGAGGAAAAUUUGCUGACUGAUGGUGAGGGUAGCACAGGAGAAGUUGAUGAUCAGGAAGUCACAGAUGAAUGUGCUAUGUUAAUUCACACAGAUCAUAUGCACAAACAUACACAUGUCAAGAGUGGACAAGAUAAAAGUACAGGUAUUUGUGGUGAUGGUUUGACGGUUCCUGUAAGUUCUCCUCGGGGUAAAGACACAACCCCCAUAGCAACACCGGUUCCAGGCCCGGAUUCAUUAACUUCCCCCUCUCCACCAGUAGUUCAUAUAAAGAAAGGAAAAUCAUUACAACCCACGCAAAUGCCUGCUAGUACACGAGCAAGUAUUGUUUUUCCAUUGCUUGCAAGUGGUGGGUUAUUCAAUCAAACUCGGGAACCAAAUAACAUAAGUUACGGUACAUUGCGGGAAGAAAAGACACCGCAAAUUCACAUUUCCCAUUCUCAUCACCUUGGUUCUAAUCCAAGUAUAUAUUCUGGAGGUGGACAUGGUAGUCAACAUAGUACUGGAAGUUUGGAUCAAGUUACAUCUCCUACAAGUUAUCAUUCUAAUAAACCUUUAAAUACUGGUGAAGAUCUAUAUAGUUGGAUGGCUAAACAACAAGAAUUUAUAAAAGAAAAUGAUAAAAGCAAUUUAAAAGGAAAUUGGGUCUUUCGUGCAGAACAAAAAUCUUUAAAGGAUUCUAAAAUUAAUACAAUGACAACAGAUGAUACAGAAGAUUCUGAUGUUCAUAGUGGUACUCUUCUUUAUCCUAUGAAAGAUUCACUAAGACUUUUAGAUGCACAUUUAAUUUUUGAACCACUUUUAUCUUCUUUAUCUGUUAUGCCACAACAAAUGUUAUCUGCCAUUGGUUCAGGAAAUGUAAAUAAUGUAUCCUCCUUAGAUUCAUUAGGAUCAAAUUUAUCCUUAGUAGGAAAUAUGGAAACUAUGCGUAUUGAUAUAGUUGUCAGUGAAUUUGGAAAAGUAACUGAUAAAAGAAAAGGUAAUAAAUAUCAAACAAAAAAAGGAAAUAAUACAAAAUUUUAUUUGGAUAUACCACCAGAAACACCAGCAUUUUUAUGUGAAAAAAUCGGUAUUGACAUUGAUGUUAAGAAAAUGGCUGAUAUGACUGUAGAUGAUAUGAUUCAAAAGCAAACUGUUUUGUACAUAUCUCGGGGCCAAUUGAAGAAACAUACAAGUACAGUUGUGAAUUUUAGUUUAAAUAUACGGUAUAUUAGUCAACAAGUAAACAUGCCUCUUCUCAGAUUAUUGCAUCAAAUUAGUAAUAUGUAUCAAAAUGUCAAAGAAACACAAAUGGAACUAAAAGAACAACAACCAGAAUGUAAACGAAAUAAUACUUUAAUUGUUAAUGAUACAGUAGUAAAAAAUGGAUCAUCUUCAACAUCUGAUUUACAAGAACAACUUUUAUUAGAAGGUAAAAAAAUAGAUGUUCCAUUACUUCGUAAUAGUUUUGAACCUAAUCUUUCAAAAGUUAUAUCACCUGGUGCGAGUAUUCGAUCUCGACCUCAAAGUUUUGCUCAAAAAUUACGUAGUACAGGAAAAAGUGUAAAAGGAUAUAUUAAUUUGAAUGAAGGUGUAAUAACUCCUAAUUUUGGAGCAAGUCCAAGUGGAUCUGGCUUAGACAAAUUUUGUGUACUUCCUGAUAAAUGUAAAGAUACAACGCAUUUAACACCACGAUGUUGGAAAACAAUUUAUUAUUUAUUAGAUUUAUACGCUACUCGACCAGAAACUAAAACAAUUACACAUCGUUUUUCCAUACCAGCGGAUGCUUCAGAACAUUACAAAAGUGGUCGAAAAUAUGAAUUAUUAAAUGAAACAAAAGAUGCAGAUAUCGAAAAAGGAUUGAAUGCUGAAAAUAGUUCAACACCUGUGCCACUUCCACGAGAACUAAAUAUUGUUACGGGAGAAAGAACAAGAUUAGUUAUUUUUGGUGUUGCUCGAAUACAUAGGACCAGAUUGUUAGCUACUCUUAGUGGAUUAAAGCUUGAAGCAGAAAUAACGAGUCUUCAUGCAAGUUUUACAUGUCGUAAAAAAUCAAGACCCGCAAGUUUAGAAUGCAGUUUAACUGGUCAAAUUGGCAGAACAAUGAUUGUUCUACUAGAAGGUGUUGCACCUAAUCAACAAACAGUUGUCAAAGUAACUGUAGGCAAAUCACAGGCUUUAUAUUCAAGUAUUAGCAGACGACAAAAAGAUAAGAAUAGUGGAUUAUUGACUGUUGGUGCUGUCAAUAUAGAUAUUCCCCAACAUCCAGUAGCUUUACAUGGUAUGAUGACCAGAGGUAGCAAACAAUUGUCAUCGACUUUGCAAGAACUUAGGGUGACAAGAACAUCCUCAAGAAUGUCCAGAGGUCAACAGCAAGAUGAAGUGGAUACAGGAGUACCUAGUAGUCCACAUCAUUAUGCACCUGCGCCAUCAGAUGACUUAGAAAAACCACAAGUAGUAUCUAGUUUAUUAGAACCAAUUGUAAUGCAGUUUCAUAUAAUACUUCAAAGUUUGAGUAUAACAGCAGCUCUGUUACCAUCUUUACAAGCACAAUACAAAAUGGAUCGAGUAACUAGUUCUGGUAUAACUGGUAGUAAAGCUAAAUUUACGAUAGAUCUACCUCAUCAUACUUUGAGUUUCACAACGAAACUUCAAGUGACAGAAGCAAAUUUACCUUCUGAAGCUAGUAUUGAACUUCCUAAAGUACAUGUAUCUGCAGAAUAUAUUCAAGAUGGUAACAGUAAUAUAAAUGAUAGUAAAUUAGCUGAUGGUGUUGUAUUAAGACAAGGUAGUUAUCUCAGUGCAACAGCGGAUAUCGGUAUUUUUGAACAUUCAUUGACUACAGAUCUUCUUAAUCAUUUGGUAUUCGUACAAAAAGUAUUUAUGAAAGAAGUAAAUGAAGUUGUACAAAAAGUUUAUGGUGGAGAAAAACCAGUUCCUUUAUGGUUAGAAGAUGAAGAACCAAAUAAUACAACUGUAAAAAGAAUAUUAUUCACAUUAAUUAUUCGCAUUAAGAGAAUACAAUUGACAGCAACAACUCCGACGAAUUCGGCAGUUCGAUUAGAAACUGGAGCAGUUGAACUGCAAUUAUCUAAUAGAGUACAAAAUGUUUCUGGUGCCACUCAACCAAAUCCAUACAUGAAGCUAUUUGGAAAAGCACAAGUUGAUAUUAAUUUAAGUCUUGGACAAUUAUUAAAGAAUCUUUUGUUUGAAGAAGCAGAACCAGAAUUUCAACAAUUUGCCUUUUUUAAUACUAGAGUAGGAUUACGAAACGCUUUCCAAGAAGAAAUGGCAGAAGGUGAAGAUAAAGAAGUAGUAUUAAUUACAUUAAAACGUCCAUUAAUAUAUGUUCAACCAAUGGCUAUUGAUAAAGCUAUACUUGUUUGGUUAAAUUAUAAAAACGCAUAUGAAUAUUGGAAUGAAAAAAGAGCUAAUUUAAAUAAAGAGGUUUUAACUGCCACACAACAAGUAUUUGAAAAAGUGCCAUUUGGUCAAAUAACAAGUCAAUUAAGUGCUCCUCAUUUGGGAACAUUAUUUUUGCAAUUGACUGUGGAUGAUAUGGGUAUUUGUUUACCAUUGAAUCCUCUGCCACCUACUUGGAGUAUGAAUAGAGGACUAUAUGAUGGCGAAUCAAGAGGUGCUGUAGUAGUAACAUUAGAAAAUACAAGCAUAUCAGCUUGCAGCAGUGGUAGCUUAGUUAGUAAAGCAAGAUUUAUGGGUUUAUGCUUAAGAUUUGCUGAUGACUUUGAAACUUCUUUAGAUGAUUGGAAACCAGAUGUAACUGAUAGUAGUAUAAUGAAUUUAUGUAUGGUUUCUGAAGGUACUUAUGAAGUGUGUAGCAGAACAAUUGCACAAAAACAAGAUAAGUCUGAUAAUGCCAAGUGGAUUUUAAAUGUACAAUGGCAAAUGGAAGGUGUUGAUAUUCAUUUAGAUGUUAAUGUAGGACAACAACUAUCAGCACUUGGACAUACAUUAACAAUGCUGACUGGUUCUGAAGAAGAUGAUAUUCAUGUACCUGCUGAUUAUGAUAGUGAUGAUGCAGAUCAACCAGAUAAUAGUACUAGCCAGGUUAAGAAAAAAGAGAGUAUAUUAAUGAAGAAAUCUAAGAAUUGGACAGAUAGUCUACCAGCGUUUGUUUUUGAUCCUACGCUCGAUGCGAAAAAAAGAUCGAAACUAAUUGAAAAAGAAAUGAAUGAACAGGCAAAAAUUAUAAAUGAUUUAAGAUCAUUGGGUGCUUCUCAUGGAACUAUAGAGCAAGAAAUGAAGCGUUUACAUGAAUUGGAAGCUAUGGUUUUUAAAGAUUUUAGAAGAGAUAUGAUUCAAAAAUUAAGAAGACAGUCAGUUAAAGCUUCAGGAAUAAAAGGAAAAUUAGGACUAGGUGGAAAACCAACUACGUAUCGAUCACGGUCAUUUAUCGUACCAUCACCAACACUUGAAAAUCAGUUGGAAAGUCCUGAAGAUAUGAAUAUAGAAGUCAAUUCAGCAAAUUCUGCUAGUUAUGAAAGUAGUCCUAGAAGUGGUCCAAGCCGAUCUGCUUCUCUUCGCGUGAGAGGACUUAGCGGACCGCGAGUUACUUUUAGUGAUACACAUACAAUGGGCAGGCAAUCAUCACUUCCAAGUGCUGGUUCCGAAUUAAGCUUACCAGAGGGAGAGUUAGAAUGGCCAGAAUCUAUUGAAAUAGAUGGAGAACGAGUUGAAUUAAGAAAAAAAAGCAGAGAUAUUAGUUAUACUUCCAGUUAUGAUAGUAUGGAAGGAAAUGCACCACUACUUGACUCAUUUGGCAAAGAACAAUCUUCAUCAACUUCAUCACCAUAUAUAACACCUCAAAAAGCUCAAGAACCUAAUAUAGAUUUUGAACUUGAUGUAAAAGUUCUAAUUAAUAGUGGUAAAUGUGUACUCCAUACAAAAGAUCCAGGAAAAGAAGAUGAAAUUAAAAUUAUGAGUAGAAUGAAGAAAGAACGAUCAUGUUCAGGAGGUACAUUUGAAUUUCAACCAAGUAGUCCGAGUAGUAGUAGAAAACACUUAAGUAGUAAAGAAAAAUCAUCCACUGCAAGUACAUCUCGACUACGAUAUUUACAACACACAAAUGUACCUUUAGUAGAUUUAACAAUUUUUCAUAUUCCUGGUUUAGAUGUAAAGGUACAUUAUGAAUCUAAAACACUUCCAGAAGAAUCUGUCUCUCCUCGUGUAUCGUCUGAUAAUAGUUUGCUUAAUCCCUCAUCAGUGACUGCAUUUAAAAAAUCUAGUACUAAGAAAGCUAGUUUGUUUGCUUGGAUGACACUUCAAAGUAUACCAGAAGAAACAAUAAUAAGUCCACAUAUUCUUGAAUUUUUGGAACAAACAUUAGAACCAAUACCAAGUAAAACCAAUUUUCAUAGUAAUGCGCAAACAAAUGUAGUAUUUCCAUUGGAUAAUGCAGAAACUACAUCUUGGGCUGCUACUGCAGCAAGUAGCAGCAAUUAUGUUUAUGCGAGUUUUCCUGUUGAUGUGAUAGUAUAUUUUCAUAUGCAACCUUCUACAUUUAGAUUUUCUUGUUUACCGGUUUCUCGCGUAGAAUGUAUUCUGCAAUUGCCGUCCCUUGAUAUAAUAUUUUCGUCCAAGCGAGCAGAAGAAGAACUUAUAGAAUUUCGAGAGUACAAAUCUCCAAAUACACAAUCUACUGGAAAAGAAGCAGGUUCAGCGAUUGGUGGAUUAUCUGUUACUGGAUGUCUUGCUGAUUUUUCCGUUUAUAUUUUUCAUCCUUAUGGUGGUGGAAAGAAAACUGGUUUAAAAGAAGCACAAUGGUCACCUUUAUCGGAUAGUGAAAGAAAAGAUUCUUUAAGUAUUAAUGUCGCAUUUGUAAAAUUUCACAUGUCUAGAAGUCGUAAAUUAAAUUUUCAAAGUGAACAGUUAAAGAAAAUAUCAGAUACUAGUCGUGCAGUUAUACGAUUUUCUACAAUUGUUGAUAUUGGAUCAGCUUCGUUUAAAUACGAUAUGCGAAGAUUAAGUGAAAUUUUGGCUUUUCCAAAAGCAUGGUAUAGACGCAGUAUAGUACGUCGAUUAUUUUUAGGAGAUUUAAGUUCAGGUACUGCAUAUUCUGAAGGUGAUGGCAGUCCUUCUCUGAAUCAAGAAGAAGCUGUUAUGGGUAGUUCUCUAUUAAAACAUUACGAUCGGCAUGGUAUUGAUGGACUAUCUAAAAGUGCUCCUGAACGAAGUCCAACAUUGAAUAGAGAUAAAUUAAGAUUGAGUUUAGAAAGUGACAUACCAAAACAUGCACGAUUGAAAGAUAUCGGUAGAGGAUGGAGUUUUACUUCUGAUAAACAAAUGUCUUCAGAGCUUAAAUUAAGAGAAUCUGCAUGGGAAACAUUAGUAUUGUUUGCUAUAAAUUUCACUCGUUUAAAUGUUCAUAUGAACAUGGGUAAUGUAAUGGGUAAUGUUACAUGGAUGACAAAGGAUUUUAGGUCUGAUGGAAGACUUUCCAUAGGAAGCACUGGACAUAAAAAUUUAUAUAUAGGUAUUGGAUUAGGAGGUUCUAGUUUAGAUGCAAAAGGUGGCAUUGUUGGUGGUGUCAUUGAAUUGAGUGAAAUUGAUACAUAUAUACAUAUUAGAGAAGAACCUGGUAUAGAACCUGAUCAUACUGUUGGUUUAAAAUUAUUUGCAUUAGAAUUACGAUUGGAUUAUAUGGGAACGAGUGUAUUAAUGUCUAGAGUAUCUUCAUUGGAUGUUACAUUAAGAGAUGAAUGGAAAAUUAAUCGUAACAAUAGUGGAGAUGCUUUUAUGCCAACAAGAAGACCUGCAGUAAUUUUUAUGCAUGGAGACUUAGGAUGGGAUCAAUUGCAAAUUAUGAUUAGUAAAUCAACAACAGCAGAUCUAUUAAAAAUGUAUUAUAAAUUAGACGAAUUUUUCAGUCAACAAUUUAAAAGUAGUAAACGAGUAUUUAGUUCUUUACAACCUAAGCACCAAAGAGUAAAUAACAGUAGCUUCAGAAAAAGAACGCAAAAAAAGAAAAUUACCAAUGAAGCUCCAUGGCAUACAAAUCAAACUACAAUGUCAGAUGCUCGACAUCAUAGGCAUUGGCAAGGAGUAUUAGCUCAAGUAGCUGGACUUCAGUUAGGUAGUUUAAGUUUUUCUUUACCAUCAACGGGCACUGUACUCGGAGGAACAAUGGAACUUCAUGGUUGUAAUAUUAGUUUAGCAUGUUUUCAUGGAAUUAAUUUCAAAAGUAAAAAUUGGGCAUUAUUUUCAUUAAAAGAACCAUGUAUUAGUUUUACUACUGAAGCUCAAGAAAUUCCAAGUGUUGAAUCUCCAAAUACACGCGAUGUUCAUGUCGUGCAAACAUUAACCAUCAGUUUAGGUCAACAACAAGAGCAACAUGCAAGACAUCAUUCUAUGGCUACAGUUUGUAGAUUGAGUCGUAGUGUACUUUUCCCACCUCAAUUUAAAUCAUUACAAGAAUGGUUUCAUUAUGCAUUUGCUAAUAGUGAAAUUGAUGCCGUAGAUCGAUUUCCAUGUGUUGAAAGAGAACGAACAGAUAGUACGUCUGAUAGUGGUAAUGUAACUCGUGGAAGAAGUACAUCAACUACUUCCGGAAAAUUACAAGAACAUUCUCAUGCGAGAGAAGUUAUAUUUGCUCUACCAUCAUUACAAUUACAUUUAAAAACCGAACAUCUUCAAACUGCUAAAACUCCAGUUGUUAUCGGAGCUCCUAAACAUAUUUUAUAUAGUGAAAAACCAUUAGUUGAAUGUAGUUUCAUCACGGAAUUCGAGGAUCAUAUUUUUGUUACGGUAGAUGCAGAAGCCUUUUUCUUUCUCCAUGAUUUGAUUACUUCAUAUGUGAAAGAAAAAGAAAAAGUGAAUAUGGGUGCACGAGCACAUAGUCCAGAUCCUCAAGAGAAAAAAAGCGGAAGUGUCAAUACUUCUGCUACAACAACGAUUAUUUCCGAAGAUGAGAAGAAACGUAAGCAAUUUGAUCCAGCAGAAAUGUUUAUAAAAGAUUGGCGGUCAUAUAGAUGUAAAACAUGGCAUGUAGAACCAACUGUAAGGUUACUUUCAUGGGCUGGUAAAAGCAUUGAGCCCUAUGGAAUAGAUUAUAUUUUGCAAAAAUUAGGAUUUGCUCAUGCUCGUACAACGAUACCUAAAUGGAUUCAACGAGGUUUUAUGGAUCCUUUAGACAAAUUAUUAGCCAUUCUUAUGUUAAGAAUGGUUUCUGCAGUUCGCGAAGAAUCAUCAGAAGAACAGAAAGAACAUAAACGAGAAAAAUAAUUAUUAUGAUUUUGAAGUUGAACGUUCAGAUUGAAAAUAUAGAAGAUGAAAAAUGAACACACAUAGAUAAUCGUCCAAAAUAAUAAUGUCCAUAAUUUUUUGUGCAAACUGCUAAGCAAGAAUACCAAUAAAAUCGUUGUUUCUUUACACUAUUUAAACUAAACAUUAAAUAAUAUGAAUUUCCUAACAAAAAAAUAA